AUGUCAACCAGCUACAGCUACCCCAACGACAGCAUGGCCAGCCAUCCAUACUACCCCCCUGAUCUGGUGCUCCCUGGCUUCGUGCCAAACGAAAUCUCUGUACCAGUCCUCCUUGCCUCCUUUGCCGGUGCCGCGAGCUUAGUGAUAUGGGUUACCUCGGUACUCGCACGAACCAUUAGGCCCGGAAUCAGCAGGGCUGACCUGUUCACGGCCAUGUGGUUCAUGCUCUGCGGCUGUAUCCACCUCUUCUUUGAAGGUUACUUCGCGUACCACAACGGCUCGAUGCCGGCGCGCUCUGAUCUCUUUGGCCAGCUGUGGAAAGAGUACGCGAAAUCGGACAGGCGAUACCUCACACGCGACUCUUUUACGGUGUGCAUGGAAACGGUCACCGCGGUUGCAUGGGGACCACUGUCCUUCCUGAUCGGAUGGUUCGUGAUCAAAGACAACCCGCUCCGCCACCCGCUGCAGAUCAUUGUCAGCCUCGGCCAGCUAUACGGGGAUGUGCUGUACUACGCCAUCUUCUUCUUCGACGAGUCCGUUUACGGCGCCGUCUACUGCCGCCCCGGGUCCUUCUACUUUUGGGCCUACUUCGUCAUGCUCAAUGGGUUCUGGAUCGUCAUCCCUUUGAUCCACAUUGUUCGGAGCACCGUGGCAUGCGCAAGAGCCCUUCAGUUCGUGCAGGAUGCUACGAAGCAAAGAAGGUCAAAAUGA